AUGCUUAAGAAAAUUUUAGUUUUGUGCUUGGCCAUUUUGGAUGAAAUACUAAAUAUUAUUGGCGUAAUUACUGCAAACAAUGCGUCCAUUUUACAGGGUGCAACAGUACGCAUUGUCACGGUAUUUAGUAACGUACUUCCCCCGCUACCGCCUGGUAUGCCGCCAUUUCCAAAUGACAUAGGCAAUGCUAUAACAGAAUGGUUAACUGUUAAUCAGAAAUCUAUAGAGGCAGCAAUUAAUAAAGCAUUUGACGGAUUAGACAAAUUCCCUGCUUAUCCAGAGGAGAUAAAUAUUGUUUCAAGUCCUUGGUUAAGGGAGCAUCAAGGUAUGCUUGUUCUUGCAAUUCUCAAGGUUUAUUCUCAAGUACCGCCGCCUCCAAAGGUUCCUGACAAUGGAAAUUGUGAAAUAGCACAAACUGUUAAUUUAGAUUUAACCCACGAAGUAACUAGCGUCGAAAUAUCUGACGAGUCCAUUGAAACCCAAACAGUUCGUGUAGAAAAAUCUUUAGACAAGAAAAAGGAAAAUAAUGACAACCAAAUUUUAAGCGUGGCAAAUUCCAUCAAAUCUAGCAUAAAUUUACAAACGUGUGCUGUUACAUAUGUCGCUGGUUAUGUUUACUAUAAGAUUAUAAAGAAUUUGAAUUGUAUUCAAUACCAGGAAGGGUUGCUAAAAGACAAUAAAACUCUCAAUAAAAGAGGAUUUUUUAGUAAUUCUGUUAAAGGAGUAGUUCAUAUAUUUUUUGAUUUUUGGGGAUCCCUCUUAAAAAAUGCUAAUGGUUUUAUUCAAAGUUUACUGACUGCUAACGUCUUUAAUCCGGCGUUUUCAACACUAGAAGAUAUUAGCCGUCUACUCACAAUAAUAGCUACUACCGUAGAAGAGUUUGCCGAAUUCUAUUCAAAGGCUCUUGAUAAGUUAAAAGAUGCUAUCAUAAAUGCAGUAGUUCCUUCAUAUCCAGUGACAAAACUUGAAACCAUAGCAUCUAGCAACAACUUUAUAAUCUUUCUAUCGACUAUAAGCGAUGCUAUUACUGUAGUAGUACAUUUUUUUAGCAAGAUUAUAGAUAUUUUGUUAAAAACAUCAGCACAACUACCCUUCACGUCCAGUAUAGAGAAUGCCAUUAAGACAGUUUACGAAAAAGGUUUUGAUAUCUUAUACCAAAUUAUAUCCCAAUUCGAAGGCAUUGUUGAAAAGUUUUGGUCACUUUCUUUACCAGGUUCUCUGGGAUCAAUUGUGGGAGACUUAUGGGAGGGUAUUGUCAAAACAUUUUUAGUGCUUGGAGACGGCCUUAUUGAUAUAAGUCGACAGUUUUUGGAAUCAUUUCCAACUAUACCCAAGGAUAUAGCAUAUAUAAAUAUACUUAUAGCCUCUCUUAAUGGCAUAGACGAUGGUGCCUAUUCAAUAUUUACAUUUAUAAACCAGAUUCAAAAUAUUUUUGCAAAUCUUCAAAUACCGAAGUUGCCAUUUAUACCCUAUUUUGAUCUAGCUUCAUUCCAAAACAUAGCUGCAUUUGGUGUUGAGUCAUUGUUCGAUGUUACAAAUGCCAUUUCUGAUGCACUGCCGGGUCUUUUGGAUGGAAAUAAUUUCUUUUUAUCCAACGAUAUCGGUAAACUACUCUCAUCUAUAACAUCUAAACUAUUCCCAAAUUUGGGUUUGCCGGUAAUUAGCGGUGGUCCAAUAGAAAUAUAUACGGUAACCACAGCAUCAACUACUACUAGUACUACUCCACUACCAAUUAACGUUGGACCCUGGUGGGACCCUAGUGGAGCUUCAUACCCAAUGUUUGGUACUAUUGGCCCUAAUGAUACAGCGCCAACUUUCCCUGAUUUGCCCAUAUAUCGGUAA